CGGGGGGACGCUGAGAUGGUCAGAGGGCUGGAGGCCGGGGGCGCGGUGCACGCUGGGGUUUGUAGUCGCGGCGGGACCGCGGUGCAGGGCGGGAGUUGUGGUCUCGCCCGGCCAAGCGGGGGGCGCGGCCCCUCCUCACAGAUCCCAGCGGGACGAGCCCGGCGGCCGCAUCCACAGGGUUUGCUGCUGUGUGUGCAUGUUGGAACAGGCAGGCUCAGGGCUUCCAAAGCAGCCACAGAAGUAAUCUUAAAUGUUCCUGAAACUAGGGUGAGUCCAUUGGAAAAUGGCUUGCAAGUAGCUUCUGAAGACUCUGGACUCUCAACAUGCACAGUUGGACUUUGGAUUGAUGCUGGAAGCAGGUAUGAAAAUGAGAAGAACAAUGGGACUGCUCACUUCCUUGAGCAUAUGGCUUUCAAGGGAACAAAAAAGAGGUCUCAGUUAGACCUUGAGCUAGAGAUUGAGAACAUGGGAGCUCAUCUGAAUGCAUAUACUUCCAGGGAACAAACUGUGUAUUAUGCCAAGGCUUUUUCAAAAGACUUACCAAGAGCUGUGGAAAUCCUUGCUGACAUAAUUCAGAACAGCACCCUGGGAGAAGCAGAGAUUGAGCGUGAGCGAGGAGUUAUCCUUCGGGAGAUGCAAGAAGUUGAAACCAAUUUGCAGGAAGUUGUCUUUGAUUACCUUCACGCCACAGCCUAUCAGAAAACAGCCCUAGGACGGACAAUUUUAGGACCCACUGAAAACAUCAAAUCCAUAAAUCGUAAUGACUUGGUGGAGUAUAUAACAACACAUUACAAAGGACCCAGAAUGGUCCUGGCUGCUGCUGGAGGGGUCUGUCAUGAUGAACUGCUUGACCUAGCAAAGUGCCAUUUUGGUAACUUGCCAUCUGCUCCAGAAGGAGGACUGCCACCCCUGCCACCUUGUAGCUUCACAGGUAGUGAGAUUCGAAUCCGGGAUGACAAGAUGCCCCUGGCCCACCUGGCCAUAGCUGUGGAAGCAGCUGGCUGGUCAGACCCGGAUACAAUCCCACUCAUGGUAGCCAAUACUCUGAUAGGUAACUGGGAUCGUUCCUUUGGAGGAGGCGUGCAGAAUUUAUCCAGUAAGCUUGCUCAGAUUGCCUGCCACGGUAACCUGUGUCACAGUUUCCAGUCCUUCAACACCUGCUAUACUGACACAGGGCUGUGGGGACUCUAUAUGGUCUGUGAGCCAUCUACUAUUCAGGACAUGGUGCACUUUGUUCAGAGAGAAUGGAUAAGACUUUGCACAAGUGUUACAGAAAAUGAAGUAGCUCGAGCGAAAAAUCUUCUAAAGACAAAUAUGCUGCUACAACUUGAUGGGUCUACACCAAUCUGUGAAGACAUUGGAAGACAAAUGCUGUGCUAUAAGCGCCGAAUCCCAAUUCCAGAACUUGAGGCGAGAAUUGAUGCUAUUGAUGCCCAGACUAUUAGAGAGAUCUGCACAAAGUACAUCUGUGAUAAGCAUCCUGCCGUUGCUGCUGUCGGUCCAAUUGAACAACUCCCAGAGUAUAGCAAAAUCUGCAGUGGCAUGUAUUGGCGCCGUGAGUAGUGAAUAACAAGAACUUUCAGUAUAUUUGAGCUUUUGGAAAAAAAAAAAAAAAGAAAGAGAAAACCAAUAAAAAAACCCAAAACAAAACAAAAAACCUUCCACCAAGCAACUACACCCCUGUUUAAAGCUUUUGAGUUGUAUUUGAGAAGAUUAAAUCUCAAGAACCAGCCACUCCUGUGUCUGUAUACUGAAAAAAGGAAUGGAAACAUGUACAGUAUUUGCAUUUUUAUUACAAAACAAAGAUUGUCAGUAAGAGUCAUUUCUUGACUUUAGUAGCAUUCAUCACUUGUUCUUGAGCAGCUUUCUUUGCCUUGACCAUUUCAACGAGUUCCUGGAGAGUUGGGGGGAAAAAAACCACACCACACAAUUAAAUUAAACAUGGAACGUGUUAACAAUGCUAGGGUUUUGAACCCUACAUAUAUUCACUGUGAAACACUCUCACUCUCAACAUAGUGACAAAUCUACAUAGUUUAAUACUGUGAAGCAAUUUCUCUUAGGAACAAAUCAGUUGAUGGAAGGUCAAUGCUCAUCUACCUCCCCUGUAGUAGGAACUUUACCUGCAGGAUAGGGAUAGGACUUUACUGUCUACAAGAGCUUGGUGUCAAAUUGUAAGACAGAUUUCCUGAGACAGACUUUCCUUCCCAGAUUCCAGAGCCACUACUUUCACCAAGGAACAUUUAGUCCUUAAAGCUCUUCAGGGGUUGAGUUACCAAAAAUAAAAAAAAGUUUCUCCAUAAGGUUCCAUCAGUUUGCUGCUGUCAGAGACUAUCUCUGGUAGGCAGUGCAACAGUAAAAGCAAAGGAUUCUAUCAAGACCUGGGCUGAUGACAGUCCCAGGAGAGGUGAGGUCCCUUACCUUGUAUCGCUUCAUGCAGUCUUUUUUUGACCGGCCUGGAACAGCUGCUGCUAUUUUCUCCCAUCUUUCGGGAGUAUUUACUGGAUAAGUCUUCAAUGCUUGUUCUAAAAGUUUUUGUUCUUCUGUAGUCCAAGGGGAUGAAUCUAAAGGUGAUCCUGUUUUUUAAAUGCAAAAAUGACAGUAAGAGAAAUAUUGUAAAAUCUAUUUAGUUGAUUUAAAAUCCAUGCAGUUUUGAAAAGCCCAAAAAAACAACCAACCCUGAAGCUGACUGGACAAGUGACCCUCAGGAUCUUUAGAUAAAGCAUGGGGAAGUUAGAAGGGAGCAUCUUUUGUUGUCAGCUGAGUGUUAGAUUGCUGUAGCUGCCCUCUUAAGGCACAGCACUAGGGCAGCAAUGUAGGUUUUCCUUUUGCAUUUCAGUAAGGAACACUCAGUAAGGAAACAGCCUUCUGUAAGUGUCUGGAAAACUUGAUGGGAGGUGUUUGGGGUUUCACAGGAGACCAAAAGCUGUAUGAUGAUCCUGUAUCUCAAGUGCAUCCCCUCAAGCUUGUUCUUCCCUGAAAGUGUAACACCCUCUGAGGAACAGAUGAUCUCAGCACCAGACUUGACCUGUUGCCUCACCAGGAAGCAUUUCAGACUGUCACUGUGUAGGUCACUGUGGGGUGUAUUGUGUGUACCAGAAACGCUGAAAUCCAGCACCAGAACCUGGAUCACUUUCUAUGUUUGUAAGCAAGUCUUGAGUCUGGGUUACUUCCUUUCUAAGAGGCACAGGGGAGACAAGUCUGUAAGGGCUCCCUUUUCAGCUUUACCUUCAAAUCGUUCCGAGGGGGCAGCACUGUCCAUCUGAGGCACCACACCGUGUUCUUUUUUAAAUUUGUCAAAUGCUUUCUUGUUUAUGUCAUCUUUUUGAUGAGGGUCUAUGAGCAACAGACAUUGAAGAGAAAAAUUACUGCAACAGUUAAAGCCACAUGUAAUAAUAAAAACAUUGUGUAGCAGAUUACUAGUUUACAAUAAUCACAUAAUUAAAACUAUUCCUACUUCCUUUAAAACAAUGGUAAAGAGGUUGGUAGAUUAAAAAAACCAAUCUUUUAGGGUCCAAUAAACUUUGCUCAAAGUGUCAGGCUCUCCAACCCCUAUCCUGCUUUAUACUGCUCAGAGGAAUACUUGUUCCAUAUAAUCUUAAGCCUGAAUCUGCAAUUUCAGAGAAAUCCAGAAGGAUUAUUCUCUCAAGUAAUGGCUCCUGCACAAAACUCACGUAUUAUCCAGGGUACGAGCGUGUCAGAGGGGCAGGAACACUGGGGAAGUUCAGGCAGGUGGUUUGGAAUGGAGAAGCCUCUUAAAAACUUUGUGCAAUUUUUUUUUUCCUCCUGUAGUGAAAUAUGUAAUUUCCUUAAGACCUUAUUCCAGAGCUCUCUAGGCUUCAUUUAUCAUUUUAUUAUUAUUCAUUUUCAAAGAAGAGAUGAGCCACAUUAAUUUAGGUGUCUUACUCUGGUGUUUUUAAAGUAUCUCUAAAGCUUAAUCACUUCCUUUUAUUUUAGAUGCCUUCCUUUGUAGGGAGCUUUUCCAGAGGCCCACUUGUCUCUGGCUGAGCCCAGGCAAUGCAUGUGGCCCACAGACAUCUGAGCAUCCAGCUACAGUGAGACUCUUCCUGAGAGUCACUCAUGAGGUGGUAACUUACACAAAAACCAUUGGGCUGAAAACACUGAAUCACAUAAAUGCUCCUCUAAAUCUUCCAUCUGAACUACACUUCUGUGGGGAUAUACAGAAGAUUUUCUCAGAAACACAAAGCCAUUUGAAAAAAAAAUCCAGCUGUGCAGAAGCAUGCAGAAUAUCUUAUUGCAAAAAUAAGGUAAUAUAGAUACCAAGCUUUUGAAGGCUCUUGGCUUUAUUGAUGACAUCUUUUGCUGUUCGUUUUAUUCCAGUAGUAGAGUGCAAGUUCAUGUAAUUGGCAAUAACUUCCCACCUAAAUCAAGAACAGAAAGGGUAAACCAGCAUAUUACAUAAUUAUCUUCAUACAAGUGAUGGUCAAGCUCCUGUACACAUUUUAUAUCAAAUCCUAAGUAAGUUUAAUCAUACUUAAAUACAUAUAAAAUGUCAGGGUAACUAUUUCUGGAAAGUUACUAACUGAAGAAUUCAGUCAGUUGAGUGAACUUUAGCUGCCAAUACAGAAAAAGGAUGGGGUAGAAUGUAGGUGAGUGCAAACCUCUGAUCUUCAAAAUUCUGCUCAGAUGUUGCUUUUCUGAAUUCCCUGAACACCUCUGACAUUAAAUACUGCAGGGUGCACUCAAGGGCUGAGAAGUUACUAAUCCUGUGUCCACUGCUCCCCAGAAGGCCUAAACAUCAAGUAAAGGGGCUUAAGCAGGAAAGAGCUAGAACAGCCCUAUAGCCCCAGAACUAUUGCUAGUGCAUUCUUAGAAAAUGGAAAGCAAUGUUUGCACCUGAUCAGGCAGGAGGAUGGGGUCUAGGCCUGUGCUCUCAGUGAGCACUGACUGCUGAGCUGCAGAAACAGGCACUGCUAUUGUCUCCAGAGAGUAUGGCAGCUUUUAUUUAUUUUUUUUAAAGUAUACCUCUAAGCCUUGUAAUUGGGGCCUCAAAUCCCAAGUGGAAGAAGGCAUUUCAUUCCUGGGAAAGAGCAGAAUUUAAGGCAUACUCCUGUUCUUCAUGCUUAUCAGUAAGCUGAUUGCCAGUGCUGCUUUCUGUAAAUCCCAACCUUUCCCUUUCCCCCGGCUCUGCCCUAAGGAAAGCUGGGGCACUUAUCUCUCUGCAUGGUUUCCUCUGACCAUGUAGAGGAGAAAGCAGCCUCAUAUUCAUUGUGGAGCUACUGGAAGUAGCUUACACACUUGUAUUCCUACCCAGCUGCAUCCCAGUCACUGUUCCAGUUUUGUUCUCUACGUUAACAACUGGAGCCUACCCUGGAGUAAGCCCUGUGCAAACAUGCACCUCAGCACCAUCUUGGUAAUGGACUGAGGCCCCAGUCUGGGGGAAAUAAUACAGGGCCAGAGCUAACUCCAGUGACACAUAAAGCAUGGUACUAAGGGAAAACAAACCACUGGCUGCUAAGAGUCAAGGAAAAGGAGGAAAUUUAGGGAGUCCUCAUACUGACACCAUACUUAGGAGGGUCUGAAAGUAAGUGGUAUUAUGCUUGUUAUUUAAUUAAAAAUUGUUAGUAGGGAUUUUAGCACCAAUCCCGAGGAGUACCUUGAGUUAGUCCCUGCUGGAAAGAGGUUCACAGCUUUAAUUAACAACUGUAAGUCAUCUUCUGGCCAAUUUUUGCUUCCCCCUCCACCACCAGUGGUUGACUUUUCUGAACUCUUUGUUGCUUGGCGCAUACGAGCUUCUGCCUCUUCUUUCUCUCGCCUUAUUUGUUCAUUUAUUUCUUCUAUCUAAGGAUUGUAAAUAAGCAUUAUUUAUUUAUUUAUUGAAUUUUUACAUUUCACAGUGACACAACCCCCUCUCUCUGGAAUCACUCUGAGCCUUGAAUUCUGCUUAGUUUCUGUUCUGUACAUGAUACAUAAGGAAAUGGAGGUGCUUAUCUGCUCCUGUAUUAUUUCCCUCCAUCCCAUGCAUAAAUUUGGCCAUCUCAGAUUAGGAGUUCAGAAAUCCAUCACAAGUUCCCUAGGAAAUUACAUGAAAACUCCUAGAAUUAAAGCAAAACUUCAGAUCCUAGUGUGAAUGUCCAGGCUAACACCUGACUUAGAGGGACAGAUCCACAAAAGUAAUAAAAGCCUAAAUUGACCAGUGAGGGCAGUGAAACAUCCAUGUUGAAUACACUGAUUCCCAAAUCUUCCAACCGAACUGCUCUCUAAGCCUGGUUAUGUCAGAAAUUCUCAGUUACAACAGUUGUAGUAAGUUAGUAACUAAAAUCUGGGUUGUUGCAGUUAAUGCUAAGAGUUUACUCAGAGUUAGAUGGCCAGGUGUAGUUUGUUAGCAAGCAGUUCAGCAGAAUUUAAGUUACCCAUUGCACAUCUUUGUGACCUGUAAUCACAUCUCGAGAAUGUGGUGUGACACAUCUUUAAUUAUCUGCUUCCCACUUCAGUCUUGGCAAUAUUAAAGGAGCUGUGCACUGACCCCUGUUGGCAGAUUGCCCAAAAUAGGUUUCUCACUCUCUGUCUCAAAAUCCUUCUGGCAAAAGGAAAGUUAUCUGGCAGAUAAUUUUUAUUAAUGCAGAAAUGGAAUAGUUUUAACAGACAGAAAGGGGACUGUCCUGUGUUUGGAACACUCUCCUGGAGAAUGGAAGAUUGAAUUCAGUCCCCUACAGAGUACAAAGGAUUUAAGUUGACUGGUGAGUAAACCUGACCCUGGGAUGGGGGCAGAUCCCCACCAGGAAAGAAAGUUCAGAGCAGUGAAACACACUGGGUGAGAGAAAGCAACUUACUCUUUCUGCAGGAUGUAGGUUCAGCCUUUUUAGUUCAAAUGGCUUUUCCCUGCUGGCAGGUUUAGGCAGAUCCUUGCUGAGUUUUGUAAACCUCAAUUGCAAGUGUCUUGCUUUUUCCAUUGUUUGGUAUCCAACCCACUGGUCCUUCCAAUGCCUACAGCCUGCAGCACUGAAGUCCUUUUGUGGAUCUAGCCCCAGGUCAGGGAUACUAGGCUAGGAUUUUUCUUGCAUAACAGAAUAGGUUAAGACUGCCCUCCUUCCCUCGAGGUAACUUCUACCCGUUGUUGGGCAAAAUAAAAUUCCUCUACUGCUUCUGAAUAAAAGUGGAUUAAUUUCCCCAGAAGUGAACUGCACUGACUAAAAUGGAGCAGAGAUCACACUGCCUGGGGACUCUGAAACUCGAGUCUGUGUUUAACAAGCAGGAUUCCACAGCAGCUAUGUUGUAUCUUACUUCGAUUCAGUCAUGUUGAUUCCACAAUUCAUUCUGUUAUUUUGAUUUGACACUCAGCAUAAUUACCUGUUUUACUACAGCCGCCUUUCCUCCUUCCCUUGUUGUGGAUGUAAGUGCUUCAUUCAAGCAUUGCAGACUAAAAAUAAAUUAUUAAGUUACAACGGAGAGCUAGUGGAAAGAUGGGUAUCAAAAUGAGCAGAAAGCAGCAGCAGGAGGACUUACCUUGCCAGCUCAAGGCGAUCACAAAGCUUUUCCACCUCCUCCAUCAUUUUAACACAAUCUGCCUCAUUAUCAGAAAAGUAAUUCCAGUUCUGGAAGCAGAAAUACAUGUUCUACAAAGUUCUUGAACUUUAUUGUCCUGUUCCUUCAGCCAAAGGCUUAACACACAGCAUCCUUCAGCCACUGCUGUGUUUGGACCUAUUUGGUCAGCUUUACUCAUAACUCAAAAGCAUUUAAGUAUGUGUUUUAGUGCUUUGGUUUUUAGUAAACCCACUUUCCAUACCCAUCUCCAGCCCUAAGGACAGGCAAACACGUGAUACAGUCUAAUCUAAACACACACAGUAAUUUCACUGACGUAACUUGUAUUUCAUCAUAAUUAUAUUUAAUACCUUGCACGUUGUUCUCAGUUUUUGCCUUUCUUUCUUGAUUGCUUUCUUCUGUAUCUCUUUUUCCUUUUUUGCUAGUAAUGCUUGCUGCCUAACUUCUUCUUCCUCCUUUUCUUUUGCUAACCGUGCUGCUUCUAAUUCUGCUUGUCUUUGCUGCAAUCAAAAGGGAAAAAAAACCCAAACAAGUAAAAAACCCUCAACAAAUCACACUGUUACAAGGUCAUUCAGUCAUCUAAUAUUAAAAUGUUUUGGUUUUGGUGUGGAUACAGUUUUGUUUGUUUGUUUUGGUGGGGUUUGUUUUAAAAUGCAUCAAUACUUUAAUGUUUGGUUUUCCAAGAAUUUUGAAGGAAGGUGAUGAAACAUAUAGCAGUUGGCAUUGAGUAAUUAAUUAGUUGAGGCAUUAAUUAAGUACCCUAAGUAUGCACUGUGAGGACCCCCAGAUUAUAAAUCCUCACUUCAUCUGCAAUGAAGAUGUAGAACUGCGUGAAAUUUCCUAUGGCUGCCUCAGGAAUAUAAGCUUGGAAAAAUGCAGUGGUCCGGCUUUUCUCUGCAUCACUAUUAAUAUAGUAUUUUGCAGUGUUCCAGCACUGUCUUUCAAGUUACUUUUUAGCAUCUUACAGCUCCCUUUCAUUCCUAUACUUUCAAAGCCACCUUUUCCAAACUGUUAAUAUUAAUCAGAUAUGUUGCAUUACCUCAAAGUGUUUCAUACCAACUGACCACUCCCAUUCCACACACACAAGGCAAACAGCCAUGUCCAUUUUAUGAAAAUGCAAAGUAGAGCACAGAACUUAACACCUGCCUCGAAACCAGAGGAAGUGUAUGCAACGACAGAAUUCAGUUUUAGAAGAUCUUUUGUUUCAGAUCUGCAUUCCUUGUUUCCAUCUCAUUCUCAAAAGGCUGUCAGUCUUGCCCUGCCUGCUGCACAGGCAAAGACAAUUCAUCGUUAAACCCACUGUGUUUCUAACAGUAGCUCCUAACACAACUAGAAGCUGAAGCAGUGGAUCAGGUAUGAACGAACCAGGGUUUUUCAAUCUAAAUAAAGUUGUUAACUUA